AUGUGGGACACCGACAUGACCGACCAGGGUGCCCGAAUGUGGGGCGAGCUGGCGCACGAUGAAGCCUUGCGGAUAGCCGACGCCCCGGCGCAUGCCAUCCGCCGCGUGCAGUCCUUUGGUCGCUUUCUCUUCUCUGUCGCCUACCCCUGUGCGCCAACCGAGGCAGCCUAUGAUCCGCCGCCCGACAAGAGCAUGCUGGGGAGGGUGGCAGAGUUCUUUUAA